AUGUCUGACUCCUUGCUCGAUAUUCGUCGUGCUGGCGUUGAGGCCAAAAGGGCGCACGAUCACAAGGCCAAGUGGGCGUACGGCAGCCGUUCUACCCUGCCUCGUUAUAAUCAAGAUGUCCACUCUCAUGUCUUGCAUAAGGCUAGGCCGAGGAUGCCAGCUACUCAUUAUACAACCUUGACACGCCAUAUGCGGUUCCAGCGGAAGGCUGAAACCAACCAUCAACUCAGCGAUGCGAAAAUCGCCCUGCGUGCUGACGUCCGGGAGGCUCUCGAUAGUGGAACGUCGGAUUCUUCCAGCGAUGAUAUCGAUGACCCUGCCGCGGCGAAGAUUAUCGAUGAUGCUGAGGGGAAGGAUACGCUGCCUGACUAUGAUGUGGCGGGCCACACUAUACUCUCUGAUGCUGUGAGCAAGGCUGUCGAGAAGUUCGAGACGAAGGAGACAGAGAGGAUCGUAAAGGAGUACGAGAUGAUCUCCUAUGAGGGUGAGAAUGCCCUGGGCUACAUGGCUGACGACGAUGACUUUGAGCUGGUCGAUCGGAUCAAGCUAUGA